CGAAUGUGGACAACGACGCUUUUUGUGAUCUAGUUGGAGACAAUUUCCUCCAUCAAUUUAUAAUGGGCCCUACGCAUAUUGCUGGUAAUAAACUUGACCUGCUGUUAUGCAACUAUCCUGAAACUAUCGGAAAUGUUUCUACACUCAAACCUCAAUCGUGUAAUUUUCCAACAGAUCACUACGUCAUAGAAUUUCAGGUCAAACUAAAGUUUACGCGAGCCAAGCCAGUUAGGCGACGAGUAUAUGAUUACAAACGUGGAAACUUCGGGGAUCUGAGGAAUUUUGUAACUCGUGUACCUUUCGAUAUUACCACGUCAGACAACAUCGACCAGCACUGGUUACAGUGGAAAGAUAUGUUUUUAACUGCAGUUGAAAGUUACAUCCCAGCUAAAACUAUGAGUGAUACUAACUCUCCACCUUGGAUUGACGGGGAGGUUCGCCAUUUAAUCCGAAAGAAAUACACAGCGCUAAAGAAAUAUCGUUUGGUCAAGUCAGAUGCUCGAAAGUUGAAACUACGUACUUUAAGUCAAAAAAUCAAAUAUGCUAUCAGACGAAAACAUAGCGAGUAUUUAGCCAAAAUUGAAGCCUCUUUUAAAGAUAACCCUAAACUUUUCUGGAGUUAUCACAAAGCUAUCCUUCACCACCGAGAGAAUCAGAGUCCUAAGAUCACAUACAAUGGUACUACAGCCAAGACAGCAGCUGCAAAAGCAGAACUUUUUAACACGUAUUUUUCCUCGGUAUUUCUGCCGCCAAAAUCUAAUGUUAGUCCUGAUGUAGAUGAUAAUUCAUCUCCUCUAAGCACCAUCAUGCAAUUUUCGGAUAUUACACUCGGUGUUGAAGAAGUCGAGGCUUGUCUUCACGAUCUUGAUACGUCAAAAGCAUGUGGUCCGGACGGCAUUCCAUCACGCCUAUUGAAAGAAUGCAGCCAUGCAGGAAAUCGCACCCAGCGUCUGUGCACUGUUCAACCAAUCUUUAAAUAUUGGUCGAAUUCCUUCUGA